GAAUUUCCUACAGACUACCAGCUGGGCAGAUGGGCAAGUUGUUUCGAGCCUUUUGUGAGUGGUGAUGGAGCGGGUGUACCAGGCCCUUUCCUAUGUCAGAAGAAAUUAGGACAACAAGGGAUCACUGGCACCUCUGCAAAAGGGAUCUGUAUCUCUACCAAGAUGCUCUGAAGAAUAGAAUAUUCCCUUAGGAAUGUCUAGUGUUACAAAAUGACUAAAACUAAUUCUACUGUGUUGCAUUUUGUCAUCAUCUUCAUGUUAACACUUAUGAUCCAAUUAUCUGAUGAAAGCGAAUUUUUAGUUGACAGAUCAAAAACAGGUCUCAUUCAUGUUCCCAAAGAUCUAUCCCUGAAAACAACAAUCUUAAAUAUAUCACAAAACUAUAUAUCUGAGCUUCGGACUUCUGACAUCCUAUCAUUGUCAAAGCUGAGGAUUUUGAUAAUUUCUCAUAAUAGAAUCCACUAUCUUGACAUCAGUGUUUUCCAAUUUAACCAGGAAUUGGAAUACUUGGAUUUGUCCCACAAUGAGUUGGAGAAGAUUUCUUGCCACCCAACUGUGAACCUCAGGCACUUAGACCUCUCGUUUAAUGCAUUUGAUGCCCUGCCCAUAUGCAAAGAAAUCGGCAACAUGUCUCAACUACAAUUUCUGGGUUUGAGUGCCACACAGUUACAAAAAUCUAGUGUGCUGCCAAUUGCUCAUUUGCACGUCAAUAAGAUUUUACUGGUCUUAGGAGACUCUUAUGGGGAAAAAGAAGAACCUGGGAGCCUUCAGGACCUUAACACAGAGAGUCUGCACAUUGUUUUCCCCACAAGAAAGGAAUACCACUUUAUUUUGGAUGUGUCAGUCAGCACUGCAGUAAGUCUGGAACUAUCUAAUAUCAAAUGUGUAGUGGAUAGAUGUUCUUAUUUCCUAAAUGCUCUGUCGAAACUUCAGAAGAAUUCAAGGUUGUCAAGUCUUACUUUAAAUAACAUUGAAACAAAUUGGUAUUCUUUCAUUAUGAUCCUCCAGUUGGUUUGGCAUACAAGCAUAGAGUAUUUCUCAAUUUCAAAUGUGAAACUACAAGGUCACCCUGACUUCAGAGAUUUUGAUUAUUCUAACACUUCACUGAAGGCUUUGUCUGUACACCAAGUUGUCAAUAAUGUAUUCAAUUUUCCACAAAGUUAUAUCUAUACGAUCUUUUCAAAUAUGAACAUCCAGAAUUUCACCGUGUCUGGUACAGACAUGCUCCACAUGGUUUGCCCAUCCCAAAUGAGCCCAUUUCUGCACUUGGAUUUUUCCAAUAAUCUCUUAACAGACAUGGUUUUUAACAAUUGUGGAAACUUGGCAAGGUUGAAGACACUUAGUUUACAAAUGAAUCAAUUGAAAAAACUUGUAAAUAUAGCUCAUAUGACCAAGAAGAUGAAGUCUUUACAACAACUGGAUAUUAGCCAGAAUUCUCUAGGGUAUGAUAAAAGUGAAGGAUAUUGCUCUUGGACUAUAAGUUUAUUAAGCUUAAAUAUAUCUUCAAAUAUACUUACUGAAUCUGUUUUCAGAUGUUUACCUCCUAGGGUCAAGAUUCUUGAUCUUCAUUCUAACAAAAUAAGGAACAUCCCUAAAGAUAUCGCCGGUCUAGAAGAUUUGCAAGAACUCAACAUUGCUUCCAAUGAUUUAGCCCACCUUCCUGGGUGUGGUAGCUUUAGCAGCCUUUCUGUACUGAUCAUUGACAAUAAUGCAAUUUCCAACCCAUCCGCUCAUUUCUUCCAGAGCUGUCAGAAGGUUAAGUCCGUAAAAGCGGGGAACAAUCCAUUCCAUUGUACAUGUGAGCUAAGAGAAUUUAUCCAAAGGAUAGGCCAAGUAUCAAGUGAAGUGGUAGAGGGUUGGCCUGACUCUUACAAGUGUGACUAUCCAGAAAGCUAUAAGGGAAGCCUACUGAAGGACUUUCACGUGUCUCCGUUAUCCUGCAGCACAGCUCUGCUGAUUGUCACCAUUGGGGUCAUAGGGCUGGUGUUGGCUGUUACUCUGACUGUCCUCUGCAUCUACUUUGAUCUGCCCUGGUAUCUCAGGAUGGCGUUUCAGUGGACCCGGACCCGGCGCAGGGCUAGGAGCACACCUUCAGAUGAACUCCAAAAAACUCUCCAGUUCCACGCUUUUGUUUCAUAUAGUGAGCACGAUUCUUUCUGGGUAAAGAAUGAAUUACUACCAAACCUAGAAAAAGAAGGUAUACGGAUUUGUCUCCAUGAGAGAAACUUUGUUCCUGGCAAGAGCAUUGUGGAAAAUAUCAUAAACUGCAUUGAGAAAAGUUACAAGUCCAUCUUUGUUCUGUCUCCCAACUUUGUUCAGAGUGAGUGGUGCCAUUAUGAACUCUACUUUGCCCAUCACAAUCUCUUUCAUGAAGGAUCUAAUAACUUGAUCCUGAUCUUGCUGGAACCCAUUCCAAAGUAUUCAAUUCCUAGCAACUAUCACAAGCUCAAAACUCUCAUGGCACAGAGAACCUAUUUGGAAUGGCCCAAGGAGAAGAGCAAACAUGGACUUUUUUGGGCUAACCUAAGAGCAUCCAUUCUUAUUAAGUUGAUGGAGCAAGCGAAGGAAAUAGAUCACACAUACAGCUAAAAAUAUUCCCCUUUUCACUGUUGCUGCUUUUGGAAGUUCCAACGAUGCCUUCGUUUUGCAUCAACACAAAUCUAAACACAAUUCUGAAUUGAUAAAAUAGAUAAAAAUGCAUACUUUCAGGCCUCAGUUCACCACGUAUAUGUGGUAACAAAAAUUAAUGAAAUGAUAUAAUUUUGAUUUAAACAGUUACUUUCUAACACAUGAGGGAUUCACCUGUUUCUUUGCUGGGAUGGAAUUCAUUGUCCUUAUCAUCUAAUUAAGAGAAGCACCUGUUCAAACAACUUCAGUGAAAUAUGUUCCUGUGUGCCAGCGUUAAUGUUAGACUGCUCCAUGCCUUUAUGCCUGUAGCCGAUUUCUGUAGCCGUUGGUGCAUUCCUCGCUUCCACUCAGCAUUUGCCUCUCCACGUUGAAGACUGCCUAUUGCUAAUGCUGGAGACACUUUGCCUGAGGGGCUUCCUGACCAUGAGCACCUGCUUGGCCCACAUAAUGGGCGAUUCAGAAGUCCUGGAGGCCGUGCUAGAGAGUAGCCCUCCACCAAUAUCAGAGAGGGAAUUGGUGGGCAAACAUCUCAACUUUCUUUCCUGUUUUAGGGGGAGUGAAUCUGGGGUUGUACUUUACAUUCUUAGACCUAAGUCCCCCAGUAGGAAUUCUGAUUCUCCACUGUAGAAAUAACUUGAUAAAGCAUUCUUUAUUGGCUUCCUUUCUAUUCUUAUCUCAUAUCCUCAUUCCUUCAAGGGUGUUUGCUGGGAUCACCUCUGAAAUAAAUGACUUUUAGUUGAA